AUGUCUUUAUUUACUUUUUCUUCUUUUCCCUUUUUUUUCUUUCUUUCUUUCUUUCUUUCUUUCUUUCUUUCUUCUGUUCUUCGCCUACUCAUUCAUUCAUUACUUCUUUCGUUCCUUUUUCUAAUUCGGAUAUGUUUCUUCCUCCUUCUUUUUUUUUACUUUCAUCGUUUUCUUCUUUUUAUUUACUUUGAUCAUUUAUUUCUUUUAUUUUCUACAUUUUUUUUUUACUUCUAUUCAAGGCAGUGCCUUUAUUUUUUAUUCGUUUUUGUCUUUGGUUGCCCAAACAUCUUAAUUUAUUUCUUCUCUCUCUCUCUUAAUUUAUUUCUUCUCUCUCUCUCUCUCUCUCUCAAGCUGAGAUUAACAAAUUACAAUCUGUUUUGGUCUUUUUUUUUUUUCAAUCGCUUUGUCCUUCUUUUCAUCUUCUCUAUCUUUACCUCCUUCAUAUUUAUGUUUUUUCUCUCCCUCUCUCUCUUUCUCUCUCUCUCUCUCACUAGUUUCUUUUUCUCUAUGUCUCUCUUAUUUUUCAUUCUCUAUUCCCUCCCUCUCUUUCUUUUACUCUCUCUCUCUCCCUCUCUCUCUCUCUCUCUCUCUUUCUACGUGUUCCUUUUUCUCCUUUUGUUUCCCUGUCGCUUAUUUCUCUUUUAUUACAUAUUGACACACUCAUACAUGUAUAUCUCUUUACUUUUAUCUGCUAACCUUUCUUUCCAACUGUUUAUUCCAGUUUAUUCCUACAAAUCAAUGUGUUCUCUCUCUCUCUCUCUUGCUGUCUGUCUAUCUGUCUGUCUCUCUCACUCUCUCACUCUCUCUCUCUCUCUCUAA